AUGUCUGCUUCUCAAGUCGCCGUUCAUACAACGGAAAUCGACGUCACGAAUCUGCCAACCAGGUCGGUUACCUUUGCUCCGACGAGAGCCACUGUUACUCGUGCCCUCGAAGGUAUUCGGACAGAGAUUGGUGCAAACGAGGUCAUUAUCACCGGGCUUGACCCUAAUAUCGACACUGACUCUGUUCGUGUGGAUGGCUAUGGCCUAGCAACCAUCACGGAUAUUCAGGCAGAGGUUGUCCCACGGAAAGAGCAGUUUGAGGACCAGUAUCCAGACCAUGAAGAGUUUAAUGAUAAUGAGAGUGAUGAGGACAUACUCGCACUCGCUGAUGAAAGUUACGGUGUCGACAAAACUGCCGUCGACAAUGCGAAGAAAGAGCUGCAAUCAGCGGAGGCGGCCCUGGCCAGUUCUCGAAACAGUCAAGACACAGCGGUAAAAGUCCUGCAAUAUUUGGAUCAAUAUGGCCAGAGCCUCAAGGCCCAUGAGGUUGAUGUUGCUAAGAUGGCCGAUUUCUUGAGCGUCUACCGAAGUCAGCGCAUAUCAGAGAGUGAAAGACACCAGCAAGCUUCCACGGAUAUUGCCAUGUGGCAGGAAAAGGUGGAGGUUGCUCGUGGGAAGCUGACUCUUGCUGAGUCAGCGUUGAAAAAAGCAAAAGAUGCAGCAUCGCGGGACGUUCGCCGAGAACAGGAGAAGAGAGCUCGCAAAAAGCACCAAGAACGCUUGCAGAAGCACCGUAUAAUCCAGCAGCGUCGCAGGUUCUGGUCCAACAAUACUAGUCAGGUUGUUGUGUAUCUUGACCGUACAUCGGCCUCUACUCUAAGCUCAAGCAGGCGGAACUCUACCGCCUCAGCCGCAGAGAACAGCCUCGACUAUGUGCCUUCCAAGCCACUCGAUGAGGAUUGUGUCAAUCUUCUACUGACGUACGUGGUUCCUAAUGCUAAAUGGGUACCUCGCUAUGAACUGAAGAUCAGCACACCGAAAUCGUCAGCCGAUCUUGUUUAUCGCGCAGAGUUCGAGAACCACACUUCUGAGAUUUGGAAAAACGCAAAAGUGACCUUUUCGACUUCGCAGACAUUUUUCUCCGGUUUGGAGGACAAGAUUCCCGUAUUGGACCCAUGGCAUGUAAAGCUGGGAAUUGCAAUUGGAUCUGAAACCAAAGAUGGCAUUUCGACUAGCAGCAUACAGAGCAAAAAGGAGAUACUGGCGAAUACGAAAUCCCAAUCAAACUCACUGUUCAAAUCGAGUUCUGCUAAAGGUGCUACUGGUCACUCAGAUCUUUUUUCGGUACCACCACCGCCGCCACCCGCUGCUGGUGCUGGUGGUGUUGCUGCACGGCGAGCGCCUGCGCCAUUACCACCACCACCACAGCCAUUUGCACGAGAAGUGCCGAGUCAAGCGCUAUUUGGAGCAGCUACCGCAUCUGUCCCCCGAUACAGGAGAGCACCUAGACGGGCUGUCAACCCACAACCGGACGUCGAGGAAGAUUGGGAUUCCGAGGAUGAUGCUGAUGCACAAACACUCGACCCGGAAGCUAGCUUAAUUGCACAUCAGGAUUCCCACCGUCAAGACUACGGUCUUACGACAACGUAUGAUUUACCAGGGCAGCGUACGGUAGAACCGUCAACAGUCAAACGACGCCAUGUCAUAUCCGAACUUCACCUAGCAUCCAUCACACUUUCGCACGUUCUCAUUCCGAAACUCCGCCGAGCAGCGUUUUUGAAGGCCCGCAUGUCAAACACCACAGCUUUCAGCCUCCUCCGGGGCAAGGCCGGAAUGACAGUUGACGGCACAUUUCUGGGCUCAACCACGCUUCCAAACUGCGAGCCAGGUCACUUUGUUGACUUGUCACUUGGCGUGGAUCCGUCUAUAUUGGUGACUUAUGCCAAACCCACUGCACGUCGGUCAACGGCGGGAUUCUUUAGCAAAGAAGAUUCGGCUAUCUUCACCCGUAGCUGCUGGAUCAAGAAUACCAAGAAGAACGAUGUCUCGAUCACCGUCUAUGACCAGGUACCCGUCAGUGAAGACGAGCAGCUGCGCAUCAACAUCUUGGAGCCAAAGGGUCUAGACAAGGAGGAUGAGGUAGUAAAGUUAUACGACCCUUUCAAGAACGGAGAGAAAGGCACAGGAGAAGUUGUUUGGGAGAAGGGUGGUCGGGUUAAAUGGAAUAUUAAAUUGCGGUCAGGGAAGGACGUCAGACUUAUAUUGGAAUACGAGAGUCGCAUUCCGAGUGGAAAGCAGAUAGUUGGAUUGGAUUAA